AUGUUUGUUUUUAUUUUAAAGAAUACUAAAUUACCAUAUGUAAGUAACGUUUUAUCUCAAAUAAAAUAUUUUCAUUUAAAAUCAAAUUUUAUAAGUGUAAAUUUUAAUCAUGGAUAUAAUAAAAAAGAAAAUAGAUUAAAUAAAAAAAGAAAAAUACAUUUACUUUUUGAUGAAAGUCUUAAUAUUCAAGAUAAGUUAAUAUUAUUUAAAAACUUACCAAAAUGUAAAGGUGAAAAUUUUGAAGAAAUAUGUGCUAAAAAGGUGUAUAAAUAUUUGUUGAGUGAAUAUAAGAAAUGCUUUAAUUUUAUGAGUUUUUGUGAGAUUAUAGAAACUAUAAAAAUAUUUAUUGAAAUUGACAAAAAAUUUAAUUAUGAUUUUUAUAUAUCAAUGAAAAAUGUAGAUAAAAAAGUAAUGAAUAAAUUAAAUGAAUUGGAUUUUAGAGAAAAGGAUGUAUCUUUCCAUAAAAGAGAAAUAAUAGGAAAAAUUUGCAAUAGAAUGAUAAAAUAUGUGCAUGAAAUAAGCGGAAAUGAAUUAAUUCAUUUCAUUAUUUAUUUUUAUAGAUGGAAUAAAAAUGAUAAGAAUUUGGUUCUUUUUUAUAAUUUUUAUUUCAAUCAUGUUUUUAAUAAUUUAUUUCUUUUUAAUCAUGAAAUUUACAAGAUACUUUUUAUAUUGAACACAUACCUUAUUAAUAGUAAUUCAAACGAUAUUUUUAAUAAAUGUUCAAAUGGAAAAAGUAAGUUAAAAUUUUGUUAUUUCAAAGAAUUUAAAAAUAAAGAAAAUUAUUAUAUUAAAAUCAAGGAAGAGGAAAUUUAUAAGAAAUAUUUACAUAAAUUUUAUGAAGACAUAGAUAAGAUUGAGAACGAAAAGGUAUUAAACAUUUUAAAAUUAUAUGUUGAUAAUUCAUUUUUUAAUAUAAAUAUAGACCUUAAAAUUUUUGAUAAUCUUCACAAAAAUUUAAGUAGCAAAAAUUUAGAUUAUCUUAUAAAAUUAUUAAAAAUAUGUUGCAUUAUGAUUAAGAAGCAUAAUUAUGAAAAUGGCAUAAUAAAUUCCACUGUAAAACAAAUAAUUUUAUCUAUAUAUCAGUUUUUAAGAGAAAAUAAAUUAAAAAAAAAAGUACUUUGUGAUAUAAAAUAUAGCAUAUUAUUAAAUUCAGUAAAUAAUAAAAAAAUUUUAAAGAAAAUUAUUGAUCACAAUUUUGUUUUAUUUUAUGAGUAUUUAUUAAAAAUUUUAUCGAAUAUUAAAUUUGUAAGUGUUCAUUCUUUAUCUAUAUCUCUCAUAUCUUUAAAAAAUAUAUAUUUUACCUUGUUAAAAAAUAAAUAUUCUAUUGAUAAUAUGUUAUUUUAUUCUACUAUGAAGUAUAGUUUAUACUUGUCUAAUAUUUUUUUAGAAAAAUGUAUUGAAAUGGAAAAUAAAAAUGCAAUGUAUGUUUUGUCAAAUAAUAAUAUAGGGAGCGAUACAACUUUGGAAAAUAUGAAAGAAAUAAAAAUAAUAAAGAAAAAUGAAUAUUUUUUUUAUAAAAUAGAAAAUUACAUUGAUUUCAAUUUUAAGUUAAAGGAGAAUGAUUUGUUGUUUAUUAAAAUAUUAUCUAAUUCUUUUGUAAAAAUUAAUCAUGUUUAUAAUUCUUAUGAUUUUUAUUUAUUGUUCAACAAUAUUUCAUGUAUUUUGUAUUAUUUUUUGGUAAAUAGAAAUACGAUAACAAAAUUUAAUGAUACUUACAUAUAUAUUUUAAAUGAUCUUUCUUAUAUCUAUAAAAAUAUAAGAAGUCAGUGUAGAAAUGAUAAAUUUAUAUCAUCUUAUAUUAAGGAAUUGAUAUGUAAUAAUAUUUUAAAAGUUAGUAAUCUUUACAUUAAAAAUCUUUAUAAAGAAAAUAAUUUUUUAAAAGAUCAAUAUAUAUGUUCAUUAAUUUUUUUGAACAAUUUAUUUUUUGACAAAAUUGCUCUUUUUGAUUCUAUAUACAACAUAUGGUGUCAUGUUUAUAAAGCAUAUAACUAUUUUAAAACUAAUAGAUUAAUUAAUGAAGAUAUAAUUUCUUUACUUCUUUUAACUUGCUCAAAAUUUCAAUUUUUUAUUGAAAAUAAUACAAAUAAUAGAUAUUGUAGAAAAGAGUUGGUAACUUUAAAAUAUAAUAUUAUUGAUGAUUUAACCAAAAAUUAUUUAAAUACAUACGAAUAUAUAUCAUUAGAUAAUUUUUCGAAGAUUUUUAUAUCAUUAUCUAAUUCCAAAUACAUGUAUGAAGUUAAUGAAAAUUUAUUAAUAAAGAGUUUACACAAUGAAAUUAUAAAAAUUAAAAAAUUAAAAAAGGGAAGCUGUGUAUAUAAUAACAUAACAUAUGACAAUAAUACAAAUAAAAAAUUAGAAGAUAUUUUUAUUAAAAAUAUAAAGCAUGAGCUAUUUUUAAAUUUUACUAAAAUCAUUGAAUGCUUAAUAAAGUUAAAUAUAUUUUUACAUUUAAAAAAAAAGGAUACAUACUUAAACAUGUACAAGAAGACAUUUUGUUACAUACACUUAAAAGAAAAUAUACUAAAAAAAUUAUUGUAUAUAGCUAAUAACUUGUACAUAUAUCAAAUAUAUUCUUAUACAUGCGAAAUAUUAAAGAAAUCAAUAGGAAAAAAUUUUUCAUAUAAUUUUAAGAACAAUGUAGAAAACAAAAUAUUUGAGGAUGUUAUUAGGUAUAUAUCAGAGGAUGAUUAUAUUGAAAUUUCAAACACAAUUUUUAUAUUAUUUUAUGAUUACUUGGAAAAUUUAUAUGAUGUUAAAUAUAAAAAUGGUUUAAUUUUCCCUUUGAAAGAUAAUGCACAUUUCGUUAAAAUAAAACGUGAUAAUAAAAGAAUCAGUGUAUUAAAUAAUAAUCAAAUCAUUAAAAGUGAUAAUUCUGAAAUAUGUAUCUAUGAUAAUGGAAAUAAUAUAUAUACUAAAAACGAAGAAAUUAUAAAUAAUUAUAAUGAAAUAGAUAUAAGUAGCAAUUACAGUGAAAACAGUGUAGAUAACAUUCUGAAAAAGGGAGGAAACAUAAUUUAUGAUAUAAUUAAUUUAUUAGGGUUUUUAAAGAUAGAUAAAAACAAAUUAAUACUUUUUCAAGUUUAUAUGUAUCUAUAUGACAUAAAAAAAUUUAAAAAGACUAAUUCGUGUUCUAUGUUUCAUAUGGAAGUUUUUAGCAUUUUAAAAGACAUGAGUUCAACACAUCUGCGGAAUUUCAAAAUAAAAAAUGAGGAACCUUCUUUUUUGUAUACAAUAGAUAUAGUACUAUUUAAAAUAAAAUGA